UGCAACAACAAUUUAAAGCGACUGGCCACACUAUUUGCCGCUUGUUUUUACUUGGUACUACAAUUUUUUAGCAAUAUCAGCACGAUGGCAGCCGCAUUUGAUGUUUCACAUACUGAAGGUCCUGGCUUUGUGGGCAUACGCUUUUGUCAGGAAUGCAAUAACAUGCUGUACCCCAAGGAGGACAAGGAGAACAAAAUCUUACUCUAUGCAUGCCGCAAUUGUGACUACAAACAAGAGGCCGAUUCUAAUUGUAUUUAUGUAAACAAAAUUAUGCACGAAAUCGACGAACUGACUCACAUAGUGCCCGAUGUGAUAUCUGACCCGACAUUGCCACGCACCGAGGAUCAUGCAUGCCCAAAGUGCUCUCACCGCGAGGCUGUAUUCUUUCAGGCCCAGACCAGACGUGCCGAAGAGGAGAUGCGACUGUACUACGUGUGCACCAAUCAAAAUUGCACACACCGCUGGACUGAGUAGACACAAUAGAUGGCUAAUGAAUUACGUAUAAUGUAUAACAAUAACUUUAAUAACAAAACUACACAUAUAUAUAUUGAUUCUAAAAACAAA